AUGGCUCUCAUCGAAGAUCAACACUCCCAUUUCAAGCAUUAUUGCCGGAUCUGCAAAAAGGGUUUUGGUUGUGGCAGAGCCCUCGGUGGCCACAUGAGGGCUCAUGGCAUCGGCGAUGACACCGCCCAUAUCGACGACGACGACGACGAUCAUGCUAGUGAUUGGGAGGCUGCCGCCGGUCCAAACGCUCCACCUCCCCCCACCACCAAUAAACGCAUGUACGCUUUACGUACUAAUCCUAACAGGUUCAAAAACUGCCGGAGCUGUGAGAACUGCGGCAAGGAAUUCUCGUCGUGGAAAUCUUUUCUUGAACAUGGAAAGUGCACCUCCGACGAUGAUGAAGAAGACGACGAGGGGGACGACGACUCCCUCCUUUCCUCUCCUGGUUCGGACGCCGAUGAUGGAUUAAUCCAACGUAGAGGAGGGGGCUCCGGUAACUGGUCUAAAAGAAAAAGAUCUUUUCGAGCUAAAGUGUUUGGCUCAUCCCAUUGUCCUUCCAGCGAAGAAGAAGAUCUCGCUAAUUGUCUCAUGAUGUUAUCUAAUGCCACCGUUGAUGCUUUCAUCGUAGAACCCGAGGAGUCUUGUGCAUCCGCCAGUAAAGACGAAAUUCAAAGGAAUUACUUACCUUUAAAUUUCGUCUCGAAUAAUAACACUAACAACAACAAUAAUGACUAUACGACGAUAGUCACAGCCAAUAGGGACAAGGCCAAAGGGGUGGUAACAAAAGGGAUGUUCGAGUGUAAAGCGUGCAAGAAAGUGUUUAAUUCUCAUCAAGCUUUGGGCGGACAUAGAGCUAGCCACAAGAAGGUUAAAGGGUGUUUUGCGGCGAAAAUAGAUCAUCUUAAAGAUAACAACAAUAACAACAACAACAAUAAUAAUAUCGAUGAUCAAGAUCAUGACGUGAUUACACAUGAAGAGUUCUUUCCGACUAAAUCAAUGUCAACCAUGCAAUUUGAUCAUGGAACUAUUGGGGUGGGUGCAACUAGUUCAAAAAGGAAAUCAAAAAUACAUGAAUGUUCGAUAUGUCAUCGUGUGUUUUCGUCAGGGCAAGCACUUGGUGGACACAAAAGGUGUCAUUGGAUUACGUCAAAUUCGCUAGCGGAGACAUCUUCGUUGCCCAAAUUCAAUCAUCAUCACCACCAGUUUCAUGAGCAACAAGGACCAAACAACAAUAAUAACUUGUUCAAGAAUCCUACAGUAGAUCAGACACUUGAUCUUACGCUGGAUCUCAAUCUUCCUGCCCCGGGAAUCGAUCAUCACAAUCCUCAUAAACGCAAUACUACCAAUAUUAUAAGCGGUCAAGUCUCUACAGAGAUAUUCUUGCAACCUUUGGUAGGUGUUAAGCACGAAAAGCAAAUAAGCCGAAGUCAAGAUCAUGACAACAGCGACAACAAUAACGUUACCAUUAACCACAAAGACGAGAAUUGCGACGAGUCAUUGAAGAAUAUGGUACUCGACGACGAAGCAGACAGUAAGGUGAAGUUAGCAAAGCUAAGUGAACUCAAGGACAUGAAAAUGAUCAAUGAGGGUUCUUCUCCAUGGUUGCAGAUGGGGAUUGGAUCGACAACAGAUCAAGUCGGAGAUGAUCCAGAAAAAUUAUAA